CUGUACUAAACACAAAAUGGCGGAUUAUUUAAGGUAGUUAUGUUAGCACUUUUCUAGCCACAUUAUCAAGCCUGAUCUCUAUAAAAGCAUGGCACUAGACGGCGAUGUAACUAUAGUAGUUCCUGGAGAGCGUCUAGGUAGUUUAGAGCAGUUUGCAGCAGGAAAUGGCACAUAUUCCAGACACGGUUAUGUAUACUCAAGCUUGGCAGGACUCAAACACGUGGUGCAAGGACAAGAGAAACAAACUAUAAGUGUCAUGAGAGAGGAACAAGAAAGUGUUGUUCCAGGAGUGGGAUCUGUUGUUACAUGUAAAGUAACUAGUGUCAACCCCAGGUUCUGUAAAGUAUCAAUACUUGGAGUGGAUUCUACAGCUCUCAAAGAACCAUUCAGAGGAAUCAUUAGAAAAGAAGAUGUCCGUGCUACGGAGAAGGACAGAGUUGAGAUUUAUAAGUGUUUUCGACCCGGUGACAUUGUAGUAGCUAAAGUAAUGUCACUUGGGGAUGCUCUUUCAUACCAACUGUCUACAGCUGAUAACAGUUUGGGUGUUGUCUUUGCUAAGAGUGAGGCUGGAGCUACAAUGGUUCCAAUAAGUUGGUGUGAAAUGCAGUGCCCAAAGACAAUGGCCAAAGAGUCAAGAAAAGUUGCUAAAGUGCAAUCUCAAUGACAUUAAUCUUAAAGAAUAUGAAGUGGAAUAUAUCGGUAAUGUUUGUGUUGAAGUGGACAAUAUUGGACUCUUAAGUCCACUUCCCAUUCAGUGUUAUAUUGAGUUCAUACAGUUUACAAACAAACUUCUACAUUUGAACUGUGGAGAGCUGCAAGAAAGUGUUCUCAAGAUGGAGAUAUUGGCGAUAAAGAGAACUAGUCAAGCUCCAGUUAUAGAUUUUCUCAGUUCUGUGUGCUGUACCUGAGAUAACAUGAGUAAUCUGUAGUAUCGUUAGUGAAUGUUUUAUUAGAUGUUUUGUAGUUGUAAGCUGCUUUGUAAAGUUUUAAGAGGAUUGCAUUCAUCAUUCAUUUGACUUUUUCAAGUAGAUUUAUUUCAUAUAGAAAGUAUGUUAAACCUACUUACAAUGUCUAUGGUUACUCCAUGAGAUCUUUGCAAAAAUAAAGAAAAGAAAAGGCAGAAUUAGGAAUAAAAAUGCUUUUAAAGAUGAA